AUGUCAAACGCAUCAGAGAAGUUUGACUUGGAAAGUCAACAACGACAAAGACAGCAUCGACAUUACCAUAUGAUCAGAGAAAAUAUCCUCUUGGUCACUAUUAUAUCCUCAAUACUAUUCAUUGGCACAAUAUUAUUCGACCCAUACUGUGUAUUGCCGAAACGCAGGUCUAUUGUCACUUCAUUUACCACAAAUGCAGACCCACUAUCCAUAGUUAGCACCAGUGCCAUCAACAAUAAUUACAUCGACGAUGAUGAGUUCGCAGCUAUUGUCAUUGAAAUAAUAAAGAUUGGAAAUAUCAAAAGCACUAGAGAUGGGGUUGCUCCAGAAGAAGAAAAAGAAAAAGAAGAAGAAACAGCAGCAGCAGCAGCAAUCGCACUUUCCCUGAGCACCGGUGGCGCCACCACCACUGGGAGAAUAAAUGAUGUAUACAAUGAUUUCCUUGAUUACUGA